AUGGCAGCCCAACACUUCAACGCGAACGCCGCCACGCUGUGGGUUGAAGUAGCGAAGCAGAAUUGGAAGUUCUAUGUAGGCAUUGGAAUGCUAUUAAUUCCAGUUCUCACAUACACCAUCACAACCUUUAUAUCAUGGAUAGGCAUGGUAAAUAAACGCCAUGGUCGUGAACCGCCUCUCAAUCCUUAUUGGCUGCCUUUGCUAGGAAACUGGGGGUCAUUUUUACUCGCGAGAAAAUCCUUCGUCAAUAAGCUGUAUCGUCGGGUUGGCGAUACCCCUGCUACUAUCAAACUCGGCCCAGAAAAGGCCUACCUUCUUACAAAUCCUGAAACAUAUGGGCCUAUUCUCAGAGACACGAAGUCAUGCACAAAUAAAUCUUUCGCUGUGAUAAUUAUGGAGCAGAUGUUCGGGAUGCCAAAGAGCGCCAUGCACAUAUAUCGCAACGACAAGAGUGGCGUCGGUGCGAUUCCUUUCCCUGGAAGCACGGUGCCGGCCCACCUCCGAGUAUGGCACCACCACUACAGGACGGCAUCGCGAUACCUUCAGGGUGACAGUCUACGAAAUUUAAGUUCCAAAGUCGUAGAGCAUCUCUCAGAGGAACUGGCUACUGUCGACCCUAACGACCCCGUAGACUCUGGCGAGUGGGUUGAUAUACCAGAUUUCUUCACCUGGUGGACACACCGUUACUUCGCGGCCACUAUCACGGCUCUCUGUGGCCCUCAUCUAAUCGCGUUGAACCCGGGCUUCGUCGAGGACUUUUGGGAGUACUUGGCGUCAUGGCCAGAUAUUUCCAAGUUUUUUCCGCGUCUACUUGCCCCCAAAGCAUAUGGAGCCCGUCAGCGUAUACUCGAUGGUAUCAAACGAUGGCAUAGUUUUGCGCGAGGACACUCAGAUUACCGACAAAACGGGUCUGACGCCCCCUCAUGGGACGAGUAUUGGGGAAGCGUGUGGUUCAAAGUGCGGCAGAGAUGGGGCCAAGACACGGGUGGCAUGAACGACGAUGCUUUAGCAAGCGAAGAUCUAUUUGUUCUGACGGCUGCUACUGCAAACGCAUUACCAAUGGCAUUUUGGAACUUGAUUGAAGUAUAUAAUGACCCAGCUCUUCUUGCACGUGUGCAAGCCGAAUUAUCCAAUGCCAUAACGCCCCCCAAUUCCAAUGAAGAGAAACUCCCAUAUCGCUUUGACAUCAACGCCAUCACGUCAUCUCCUCUUCUCCAGUCAGUCUAUGCGGAAGUUCUCCGAAUGCGUGUAUCUCUGUUCCACAAUCGCUCCCCGACCCAAGGCGACUACUCGCUCGGAGAAUACAAGUUCAAGCAAGGCGGUCUAGUGUGCGUGUCUACCAACAUUGCUUCAAAUCACACAUACGCCUGGCGCGAUCGUAUCGACGGUGGCCGACACCCUCUUGAUCAAUUCUGGGCAGAGAGGUUCCUAAUUCCAAAUCCCAAAGACAACACGAUGAAGUUCUCGACUGAUGGACUUGACGGUGCUUGGAUCCCUUACGGGGGCGGUGCCCUCAUGUGCCCCGGCCGACACUUGGCCAAGCAGGAGAUGAUGAGCGGCGUUGCUAUCUUUGAUGCAUACUUUGAGAUGAAAUUAUUGAAAGGCGUACCACGUGUGGACGAUCGGUUUUUCGGCCUAGGUGCUCAGCCACCCGGAGAGCCAGUCCCCGUCCGGAUGCGGCGUAAGAUCGGCAUCCCGCCGAAAGCCACCUAA